GACAGUACAGAGUAAAAUCAAAAACAGCAAAGCAGCUUAAGAAACAGAACACGCCAAAAAAUGACUACCUCCGGAAUGAGCAUGUGCAGGGCUGUCUUCUACGAGGACAGGAACUUCCAGGGUCGCUCAUAUGAGUGCACAAGCGACUGUGCUGACAUGUCCCCUUACCUGAGCCGCUGCCACUCUUGCAGAGUGGAGAGUGGAUGUUUCAUGAUGUAUGACCGUCCCAACUACAUGGGAAACCAGUAUUUUUUCAAGAGGGGCGAGUAUUCUGAUUACAUGUCUAUGUUUGGAAUGAGUGACUGCAUCAGGUCCUGUCGAAUGAUCCCUAUGCAUAGAGGACCCUUCAGAAUGAGGAUCUACGAGAGAGAGAACUUCAUGGGCCAGAUGUACGAGAUGAUGGAUGACUGUGACAACAUUAUGGACCGCUACCGUAUGUCUCACUGCAAUUCCUGCCAUGUGAUGGACGGUCACUGGCUCAUGUAUGAUCAGCCCAACUACAGAGGAAGGAUGCACUACUUCAGGCCUGGAGAGUACAGAAGCUUCAGCAACAUGGGUGGCAUGAGAUUCAUGAGCAUGAGGCGUAUCAAUGAUUCCUAUUAUUAAAAAUGUAACUACUAAUGUCACAAAAUUGGAGUUACUUUACAAUAAAGCACUUUUAAACAAAAUCUUCUAAAUCUUUUUG